AGCGGAGGAGAGGCUCAGCACAGCGAGAGGCUUCCAGAGCAACACCAUGUCUCUGUACCGCAACUCCGCCUGGUUCCUGAAGGGAGUGACCGAGUUCACCAGGAGUGGCUUCCUGUCAGCCUCCAAGAGGUUUGUGGAGAAGGACUUGGAGCUGACCAUGGCUGGACGCACCUUCAUGAUCACAGGAGCCAACAGUGGCAUCGGGAAAGCUACUGCCAUGGCCGUCGCUAAGAAAGGUGGAACGGUCCACAUGGUGUGCAGGAACAAGGACAAGGCAGAGGAGGCGAGGGCUGACAUUGUCAAGGAGUCAGGAAAUAAAGAGGUGUUUGUCCACAUCCUGGACCUGUCUGAGACCAAGAAGGUCUGGGAGUUUGCUGAGGCCUUUAAGAGGAAGUAUAAGACCCUUAACGUCCUGAUCAAUAACGCCGGCUCCAUCAUGAGUCAGAGGGAUGUGAACGCUGAGGGGCUGGAGAAGAGCUUCGCCACUAAUGUUCUUGGGGUUUACAUUCUCACCAAGAGUCUCAUUCCUUUGCUGGAGAAGAGUGCAGAUCCCAGAGUGAUCACAGUGUCAUCAGGGGGGAUGCUGGUGCAGAAGCUCCGGACAGGAAACCUUCAGUCUGAGAGAGGCCGCUUCGACGGCACCAUGGUCUACGCCCAGCACAAAAGGCAGCAGGUGGUGAUGACAGAGCAGCUGGCGAAGACUCACGCUAACAUCCACUUCUCCGUCAUGCAUCCUGGCUGGGUAGACACUCCAGCGGUGGCCAACGCCAUGCCAGACUUCCAUCAGUCUAUGAAGGACAGCCUGCGGACCCCGGAGCAGGGGGCCGACACCGUCGUGUGGCUGGCUGUCUCUGAGUCUGCAACCACUAACCCCAGCGGCAGCUUCUACCAGGACCGGAAGAUGGUGUCCACCCACCUGCCCCUGGCCUGGACCCACAGCUCGUCCCUGGAGGAGCAGAAGUUAAUGUCUCUGCUGGAGGACUUGGCCAAGACGUUUCAGCCACACUGAGACAGCAGGAAGUGGUCACCAGUACACCACCAACACUAACACCACCCGUUCACACUGACUGAGGCUGGGCUCAGGCUUUCAUCCCCCUGAUGGUAUAACACGCUCCAGGAGAGGGAACAGGGUCCAUUUUAUCCACAGAGAGUUAACACUUCCUGUGUUCACUGGCUUAGAAUGGGACAAAUGUGAAGAUAGAGUGUGAAACCAGCCUCACCAUGCCAGAUUAAACUCACCUGUAACGGAAGGAUGAGAGGCAUUUGCAAUGCUUUAUGACUACUUAUAUCAUAACACAUUUUAUUUAACUUCAUAAGGACUAAAAAUGUAAUUGUAUAAGAGUGUUUGAUAGUGAUUCUGUCCAUAUAAACCACACACGCACACACACACACACACACACACACAUUCUUGUACUUCUAUCUUUAUGAGGGCCAUCAUUGGAAUAUUAAUUCCCUAGCAAGGUUAUAAUAGUUUGGGACUUUUCAUUAGUUUUAGUUUUAAUUUUCAUUGUGAAUUUUUGUUUUCAAGUUUAGUUAGUUUUUAUUAGUUUUUAGAGUGAGUUUGCUAGUUUUGGUCUAGUUUUUAUUAGUUUUAGUGUUUAGUGUUUCCUUUGUCUUAUCCGUCUUCAUUAUGUAUGGAUAAAGUUGACAAAAAACGAAAACGAAAGACAUUUUCACUAUAAUUUUAGUUAGUUUUGUAACCAAAAACCGGCCGAAAUGUCCUCACUUUGCAAAAAUGUCCUCACUAUGUUGGUUAAAAAUGUGUUCCGGUCCUCAAUUUGUAGGAAAUACAAGAACACACACACACACACACCAGUCUGUGACUUAAUGAAAGUUGUCAAUCAGAUGGGAAUCUGAUGUGACCGAAGUCACACAGACACACACACACUCUGCAUUAUUAACUCACACCACCAGCUAUGGGUCUAGUCUCAUGUCUCCAUGACUUGCAGAAGUGAUGUGUAUUUAAUAGCUUUGUAUCUAACUCUAUUUGCUCUAUUGUAGCGCAGCUUCUGUCCUGUGCAGGUUGAGCUCUGUGUUUAUUACCUGUGUGCUUUUUUAAUACACCACACAGCAGCAUCACUUGACAUGUGCAAUAAAACCUGUGUAUUUAUGUCUCCGUAAUAUCUGCCCAGCACCUUUUACUGACUGUGAGUUGAUUCUGUAAAUGCCCGCUUUUAAUAAAUAAAGUUACUGAUAGA